AGUAAUGUAUAAAUAUUAUAAUGCAUUAAUAAAUAAUAUUUUCCCUUCUCCUUACCUACCUUCCCCUAUUAUACCACGAAGAUUGCCCAGGGUCUAGAGACCCUGAGCUACCCUGAGAUUCAUAGACGGUAAACUGCCCGUGCUCGUGUACAACUAAGUUUGCAAACUUUUACAUGAAUUGUACCGUAGCAAGUGGAAUGGCCUUGUAACAUGUUUCCAUCGUCCUAUAACCCUUGAUUAUUUAAAUGUUUCGUUUGAUUGUAUUUAUGUGGGUCAUAAAUGUUGUUCCCAUGUUCACCCAGGAUGGUGUGGUCACAUGUCGUGCUAUUAUAAUAAUAAAAAGAAUAUGUAUACAUAUUAUGUACAAUAUAUAUAUACAUUUCAUACCAAAAUAUUUGUGAAAAGAAUAUUUAAUAUAUAAUUAUACUUAUAUAUAAAUUCUUUAGUUUCUUGUUUCUUCAUUUCAAUCCAUAUCUAUUAACUAUUAGUCUAUUCCAGUCCAUUACUGGACAUUAGCCUCUUCCAAGGCAUGUCACUGAGGACGAUCUUUGACUUUACACAGCCAGUUUUUAUCUACAACCCUACGUAUGUCAUUGUUUCAUCUAGCCGCAGGUUGUCUCACUAUGCUUGCCGAUUCACGCUCUCUACUUUAGAACAUGUGUACUCCAAAGGUCUUCUGGCAGCACGCGCAGUUUCUUCAGCCGCCCUUACAUUAUCACAAUAGUACUGCCAGAAGAAGACGCCGUUUAUUUCAGUCCUGUCGUGGCCAUGACGUGGUGCAAUCCACUUCGAAAUUGCGGCGAUAAAAACCAUUUGUGUAGAUACUAUUUACUUGCAAUCGCGUUGAGUUAAGUGCUGUGGUUUUAAAUUUUUCUGAAAAUUCGGAAAAGACUAACAAGAGCAAACAGCCAAAAGUCUGUUCGACAGACACUAAAACACGGUCUUAGUAUAAACCCAUAUCAUUAAACGAUGUUGCACUAAACUAUUCACUUAUAACCAGAUUAAUAAGAGUUUAUUAAAUUUUUGGAGAAAUGAAAUUAUUCCACGUGCAUUUUUAAUUAAUCGGGCGCUUAGGUGUACCUUUCUGCCUACCUAUAGCUGGUUAGCUAUGGGUAGGUAGGUAAUUGCAGUUUUAAAUUUAAUUAAAUCGAAAAUUGAUGUUUCAUAAAUAAGCCAUUUCUACGCAAUUUCUUGUAUCUGAAUGCGAUUUAUUGAUGAAAACAUUGCCAUUUAAUGCAUGUGAAUCAAUUACGCCUGGUUGCUAUGGCUAUAGUAAUGAAAACAUUAACAGAUAGACACAUACCUAUGACUGUUCAGUUUGAAGUGUAAACUAAAAUGUAAAUAUACGUUUUUAUAAAAAAAUAUUGAGGCACCUGAUUUGAAAGUAGAACACAUUUUAACAUAAAUUAGUUGUGAUAAAAUAAAAGGAAAUUAUUUAAAUGUGUUUAAAAACUGUGGAACUAAAUAUAUUCACAUGUCAGACACUGAAGAAGAAGAAGUUCAAAGUCGAACAGUUAAAAUCACAGUUGUUGGUGAACCUUCUACUGGUAAAACGAGCUUGUGUUCACGAUAUCUGGGCGGAAAUGGGGCGGUGGCGAGUGGCAACACACAAGGAGCAGAGGUGAUGGCAGGGCAGUGCUUGGGGCUGCGCCCUCCAGUGCCCGUUCACUUGUGUGACGUCGGUGGCAACGCACUCGGCACUACAAUGCUUAGAAAUUAUUUGUACUCCUCCGACGUCGUCCUGUUUGUGUAUGAUCUUACAAAUCUUCAAAGUUUUGAGAAACUUGAUUUGUGGCUAUAUAAAGCUAAAGAGAUAUUUGAAUCUGAAGAUAAAAAGCCGAUAAUGGCAAUAUUUGGUAACAAAUCAGACUUGGAACAUCAAAGGGCUGUGCGUUUAUCGUGCGUACAGAAAUUUGCAUCGGAACAUCUCCUGGAAAAUUUCAAAGGAUCUGCAAGGACAGGGGAAACGGUUAUAAAUGCUUUCACAAGUCUUGUAGCUCGAGUUAUGGGCUUGAAAGUACGAAGAUGUCUCAUGGCAGUCAAUGGAUACUCUCCAGUAAUAAAAAAUCGAGAAUUAAAUGGAGUCGAUCCGCUACCACUGCAAAGCGAACCUACGCACUCCUUAAUAAUGAAUAGAAAAGCUUUAAGAAGGAUUCACCUAUCUUCUUCGUCUAUUUGCUGUCUUCAAUAAAACAAUACAAGUUUUCA